AUGGUGCGUUUGUUAAUCCUAGUUACGGUUGGUCUGUGCUGCCUUUUCGCAGCAGACAAUCGGUUCGCGCGAGCGGAAAGACCCCCAUUCAAGAGUAGUAGUGGCCUUUAUGUGGACGAACCGCAACUGGCGGCCAGUGAGCUGGAAAGUGAUGGAACUUUCGUCGGUGUAGUUCCGGCCCAACCCGUGAACGAAGCCUACCGUCUGCCGAAAACUUCCAUUCCGAUCCAUUACGAUCUUCAUCUGACUACGGAAAUCCAUCGCAACGAACGAGAGUUCAGUGGUUCUGUAGCCAUCCAGCUACAGAUAUUGGAAGCGACGGACAAACUGGUGUUACAUAAUCGCGGGCUAGUGAUCUCGUCGGCCAAGAUCUCGGCGUUGCCGAAUGGCGUUACCGGAGCUCCAACACUGAUCGGAGACGUAACGUACAGCACGGAUACCACGUACGAGCAUAUUACCUUUACAUGUCCUAGCAUUCAACAGCCUGGAUUCUACUGGCUAGAGGUCACAUUCACAGGAAGACUGGCGACCAACGAUGACGGAUUCUAUGUGUCGUCUUACGUAACGGACAGUGGCGAGCGAAGAUACUUAGCAACGACACAGUUCGAAUCAACCAGUGCGCGCAUGGCAUUCCCCUGCUACGAUGAGCCAGCUCUGAAGGCAACGUUCACCGUAUCGAUCACGCACAGCAUUACGUACACUGCCAUAUCGAACAUGCCAGAAGUUGGACGAAGCGACGCGGAUGGUAUGCGCACUACCGUGUUUAGCAGGACGCCAAUCAUGUCCUCCUACCUAUUGGCGUUCGUUGUGUCGGACUUCCUGUACCGUAUUGCGACUCCGCAGCGAGUGUAUGUUCGCCCGAACGCUUUCCAGCAGGCGUCGUUCGCACUGGAAGCUGGUGUAAAGAUACUGGAGGUCCUGGACGAGCAUCUCGGCAUCCCGUACAGUACGUACAUGCCGCAGCUGUAUCAAAUCGCAUUGCCCGACUUUGCAGCUGGUGCGAUGGAAAAUUGGGGUCUGGUGACCUACAGGGAACAAAACUUAUUGUUCGAUCCCGCAGUUUCGACUUAUCGCACAAAAACGAACAUUGCGACUGUUAUUGCGCACGAGUACGCUCAUCAGUGGUUCGGUGAUCUGGUCACCCCCGAAUGGUGGGAAUACAUCUGGCUUAAUGAAGGCUUUGCCACGCUCUACGAAUUCUAUGCCGCACAUCUUGCCUACCCGGAAGCGGAGUACUGGGAGCUGUUCAACACGCAGGUCAUUCAGGCCGCCAUGGUUCCCGACGCGCUGACCACUACCCGUCCGAUGAACUGGAAUGCAGCUACUCCGGGUGAAAUAUCGGCCCUGUUUGAUCGUGUCGCCUAUCCGAAGUCUGGCAGUGUGUUGAACAUGAUGCGCCACGUACUUGGCGAAGAGAACUGGAAGGCCGGCCUGAACACGUAUCUUACCGACCGUGCCCUGAGUGUAGCGGUAGAUGAGCAGCUGUACACGGCACUUCAGAGCGCGAUCGAAGGCAAGGGAGUGCUCCCGAACGGCGUUACCGUAGCCCAGAUUAUGCGCACCUGGACUAAUGAGGCAGGCUACCCGGUGCUAAAUGUACGGCGAUCGUACGACUCAGGGGAUGUGAUCAUCUCGCAGGAACGAUUCUACUCCGAUCGUAAAGUGCCCAACACCAACAUUUGGAUGAUCCCGUACAAUUACGUCCAACAGGCCCGGGCCGAUUUUAACGAGUUUGAUGACUUCCAGUGGCUUGCCACGAAGGCUGCCCGCAUCGAGACGACCGUGCCCGCAACCGAAUGGAUCAUUUUCAACAAGCAGGAGGUCGGCUACUACCGUGUCAACUAUGACGAUCGCAACUGGGAGCUUAUCACUAACGCGCUGAUCGACAACUAUGCCGCUGUACACCGGCUGAACCGGGCACAGCUUAUCGAUGACGCGUACUGGCUGGCACGGUCCGGCCGACUUGACCUGCGCAUUGCCCUGCGCUUGAUGACAUACCUGCGCGGCGAGCUAGAGUACGCUCCGUGGACGGCAGCGAACGUUGCCCUGUCCUACUUCAACAGCCGUCUCCGCGGAACGGAGAAUUACCACGAUUUCGUAUUGUUCGUGGACGCUCUGAUCGAAAACAUCUACGGACUACUGACGAUCGAUGCAGUAUCGCCAAACGAUACACUGUUGCACAAGUACCUCGUACAAACGAUCUCCACCUGGGCUUGCUCGUUGGGCUACAAGGACUGUCUGGAGCGAACGGGCGCUCUCCUGCGGGCAGAGGCAUCCGGCACGGGAUCACCAGUACAUCCCGACAUUGCCACCGUCACGUACUGCUACGGUAUGCGCACGACCGGUGAAUCCGAGUACCAGUAUGUGUAUCGCAAAAUGAUGGACUCGAAAAAUCUUGCCGAACGAACCAUGCUUAUCGAUGCGCUGGGAUGCUCCAACAACACGGAGUACCUCACGGCCUUCAUAUCGACUGCCCUGGGCAGUGGAACCGGUGUGGAGAUCAACUACCGUGCGGACGAACGUCGCCGUGUGAUUCAGGCCGUCUACUCCGGCAGUCGGGUCGGUGUAGACGCGCUGAUCGACUACCUGAUGGACCCUAUUCAGGCGAAUGAAUUUGUCAGUGCACUCUCCUCGUCCACGCUCAAUUCGGCCCUGUCUGCCAUUGCUUCGCGCACCAACAACGAGGCAGAAAUGAGCAAGCUAAAUGCACUCAUUACUGCGCUGGGUAGCCGCGUCAGUAGCCAGACGGCCACUAAUCUACGCAACACGGCUCAAUCAAACCUGGACUGGGUGAACGGUUUCGAGGGUUUGAUGUUGACCAACUUCUUGAGCGAGUUUUUGACCGAUGUUCCCAACACCACUACCGAGGAACCGGAAGUUACUACGACGACUGUUCCUACUCAGUCGACUACCACGCCCGCAGCGGCCACUACUACUUCAACGGCUGCCCCACCAACCACCGUAACGACCACAACGGUGCAAACAACGACCGAAGAUGAUGGCGGUGCCGCAACGGUCGGUUUAUCGAUAGCCGCCCUAUUGGUCUCGAUUACGGUCCAUCUUUUGAGAUAA